UCAGGAACCCAUCCAAGCUCCAGACUGUGGGGUCAGUUCCACAGUGCUGGGAACUCUCUUCUCUGGGGUGACUGUGAUCGUAGAAGGACUGCGGCAGUGUCCGAGCUGGCCUUUCAUCAUGGCCCAAACUGCAGCUGUGAUUGGAGGAGCUGUGAUCUUGGUGGCCAUGCCUGUGGUGCUCAGCGCCAUUGGCCUCCCCAGCGCAGGAAUCACUGCCAGCUCCAUGACCAAGAUGAUGUCCGCUGCGGCCACCGCCAUCACCAGAGUUGCCAUGGGCAGCCUCAUGGCUGCUCUGCGGUCAGUGAUUCUGUCUCACGGAGCUGCCCGGCCUGCAUGUCCUUCUCUGCUCACCCGCCGCCUAUUCCCCAGGAGUGGCCUGACUCUUCCCGUGAUGCAGACUCAUGCUGGUCUCCGCUGA